AUGUCUGAAUUGUUAACUAAAUUAUCUCGACGACGUAAAAAACGUGAUCGUUCCAAAACUCAUAGUGCUGUUAUAACUGCAUUAAUUACAAAUUGUACGAAACGUCCUCUAGACGAAAUUAAUGCGUAUAAUUCAGAUGGAAUUAAACGACGAGCUGUAUCAGCAACUAUUGGAAGUGAAAAUCAAGAUUGUUCAGUUGUUUUUAUUGAUAAUGAACAUGAAAUUAAACCAGCAUUGACAACAACUGAUAAUAUUCGUGUAAAAAAGAAAUUUAUAGCUAAAUUUGAAACAAGUUUACCGAAUGAAAUUUUAUUUGAAAUUUUUAAAUAUCUAUCACAAUCGGACCUUUUCUAUGCAUUUUUGAAUCUUAAUCAACGUUUCGAUCAUGUACUUCAACCAUUUACACAUCAUAUUGAUUGUUCAAAAUUAUCUAUUAAACAAUUUGAACAUAUUCGAAAUCAUCUAUCUAAUGUCAAAUCAUUGACAAUCAAUAAUCAGUAUGCAAUCAAACAAGUAUUUCGUAUUGAUUUAAAUCUUCAUCGUUUUCCAUUACUUCAACGUUUAUGUUUAAUUGAUCCAACAAUCGAUGAAUUAAAUCUUGUUUUUUCUAAACUUAAACAAAUAUCAAUUCAUACGUUAGAUAUUCGUAUUCAACGACCAUCAUCAUCAACAACUGAAGUAACAUAUCGAAGUUGUUUACAACAUCAUUUAUUUGGUAUAACCCAAAUAAAAACAUUAGAAUCAAUAUCAAUUGAAAUGCAUAAUAAUGAUUAUUUACAAUUUAUAACUAAAACUGAUUUACCAACAAAUUAUGAUCAUUUAAAAGAAUUAAAUAUACCAUUACGAUCAUUCGAUAGUCUUUUACUUCUUUUAGAACAUGUACCAAAUUUACAAAAAUUAUGUGUUAAAUUAUUUGCUGAUCAAACACCAUUAAAUGUACCAUUAUGUGGUAAACCACCCAUUAAUUUAAUUGAUUUUGAAUUACAUGUAACUGGAAAUGAAUUAAAUUUUGAUCGAUUUGUUUUAUUAAUGUCAAGUCGAAUACGUGCAGCUAAAUUAGAAAGAUUUGCUUAUUUUAAUCGUACAACUACAGAUCAAAAUUAUUUCAAUGGUUAUCGUUGGGAAAUAUUUCUUGAAAAUUCCUUUCCACGUUUAAAACAAUUACAAUUUUGUUUUGAUAUGCCUGUUGAUGAUAUUCAAACACGUUUAAAUCCAAUCUUAUCAUCAUUUUCAUUUCUUGAUAAACAAUUACCAAUUGGACAUAUAAUCUGGCGUCCACAUUCAAAUAAAACACGUUUAAAAUUAUUUACAUUACCAUAUGCAUUUGAUACAUUAAAACUUUCAACAUCAAAUGCACGUUUAUUUAAUAAUGUCCUUUAUAAAAAGAAUUUUAAAUCCGUUCAAAAAUUAGUUCUUGAUGCAACACAUGGAACAAUAAAUGAAAUAAGUCAACAAUUAAUUGAUUUAUUUAAACAUUAUUGUUUUAAAACAAAUACACUUCAAAUACAAAAUAUUGUUAUACCAACAAAUGAUACAUAUAAUAUCCCAUUAAAUUUAUCGAAAUUUCAUCAUUUAAAACAUUUAAUUAUAAAUGAAUGUGAUGGUCGAUUAUUUCCAUUAAUAUUUACUUUAGCACCAUAUCUAACAACAUUAACUGUUACUGGUUAUUUAUUAUUUAAAUAUUUUCUUCGUAUACCAUCACCGACUACAUCAUAUUUACUACGUAUACAAACACUUGAAUUAAAUUGUAUGCAAAUUGAUCGACAAAAUCGUUUAAAUCGUAUAUUAAAUGAUUUAUCAACAUUAUUUCCAUAUAUAAAACAUUUAACAAUUGAUGUUAAUCCAAAAUUAUAUGUAGAUUUAAAAAUAAUCAAAACAAUGUUAGAUGUUUUUAAAGAAUUAAUUAGUUUAAAAAUUCAACGAACAAAUAAAUAUAUAUUAGAUAAAACAAUUCAAGAUGAUCGACAAGUACGAAAUUAUUUUGAAAUCAAUUCACUUCGUUUACAUCAUAGUGAAACAUAUGAAAUUAUUUGUAAAGAUAGUCAAUUUGAAAUUUGGUUAUAG